UCGGGAAAAAAGUGCGUGUGGCUUGGAAAAAAAUGCUGUGAACAUCUUUGUUAAUCGCUAUUUUGCUACAGAAACCUGUGAAAAAUUGUUAAAAUCGCCUUUAUACCGUCGAUAGAGUGGCCGUGGAUGUUUGUUGAUUGUGAAAAUGCAGUUUCUCGUCAAUUAUACAUAGGAAAACGGUGCAAGAGACAUCCUUGAGUGACAUAACCUAACAUAUGGUGGUGAAGAAACUUUCCCAAAUACCAAAAUAUGCUAAUUCCCCCAAAAAGAGGUGUUUCUGCGCGAUAAACAGCACCGUGUGGGAUUGCGGGGUGGAGGUGUUGAGUGAUAAUUGAGAGUGGUGAGAAUGGCAGCAUCAGCUGGAAGCUCUGGACAUGUGGAGUCUGGAAUCCUCCGGAAGCGCUCAAAGUUCAGCCCUGAGAAUCAGGAGGAGCUCCUCGUGUUCGGAUAUCAGUGUCACCUGUUCCGGGACGACGAGAAAGCCCAAUUCAUAGACCAAGGAAAGCACCUAAUUCCCUGGAUGAACGAUAAUUCUAUAAAGAUAGACAGGUACGAUGUGCGCGCGACGCUCAAUGAUUUGAAAGUGUACGAGGCGCCGCCCGGAGGAUACACGAAUCGCCUGGAUUACCUGUCGCCGGCGGAGCAGCGCGCCGAGCAGCUGUGCGAGGAAGAGCGCUACUUCAGUCUCUAUCACAACGAACGCGAGGAGGACUUCAAUCAGGAAGAGGAACUGAAGCGACUUCAAUCGUCUUCCUAUGCACAAGUUGGCUUCAACUACGACGCUCCGGCGGCGGCGGCGGGACCGGAGAAGCAGUCCAGCGUUGAGGAGGAGGAAGUGGACGAAGUGGCUUUCGAGCCAUCGCCCAAUUUUCCCAUUCCGACGGACAUUGAAUUGCCGCCAACGGUGAAGUUGAAUGCGAUAAUUGAGAAGACGGCGCGCUUUAUUGCGGCUCAGGGAAUGCAGAUGGAGAUUCUCAUAAAGACGAAACAGGCGAAUAAUCCGCACUUUGACUUCCUCACGCAGAAUGGGAGAUUCAAUUGCUACUACAAAUUCGUCCUGGCGGCAAUCAAGGACAAUCGCUAUCCGAGUGCGGAGGCGGAUGUGAAGGCGUCCGAAGUGGCGCCGGCGGUGAGGAGCGACGAGGUGCCAAAUGAGGGACUUCCGGCGGUGCAAAUGGUGCAGAAGAAGAGCCUUCCGGUGCUGAAGUACAAACCAUCGGCCGAUUGUGCUUACACGCAGUUGAUCAGCAAGAUCACCGGCGCGCCGCUGCCUGUGCAGAUGACUGAGGAGGCGCCGGAGGUGCAGCACGAAGAGGCGGCGGCGGAACCGAGUCCGGCGGCGAAUGGAGCGACGCCACAGCUGCCGGACAAUGAGCGCGUGGAGUUCAGGCGGAAGGCGGAGAGCGUGGAAGUGCGGAAGAUCUCAACGGGACUGAUGCUGGCGCAGUGUUACAACUCAGAGUCGGAGAGCGACGAGGACAGCAACAGUCGCAAUAGUUUGUUCAAGCUUGAUCUGCCCGUGCCGCCGGACGGACUGCAGCAUAUCAUAGAUAAGACGGCGGCGUAUGUGGCGAAGAAUGGGAAGGAUUUUGAGGAUAUUCUGCGAACGAAGCAGGAUCCGCGCUUCUCCUUUCUCGACGAAUCGUCAGAAUAUCAUCGGUAUUACAUCUACAAAGUCACCGGAUCGAUUUAUCUGCCCGCCGGCAAGAGUGACAAUCAGCAGCCGGAGAAGGUGAAGAAGGAGGAUGUGCAGCCGAAGAUUGUGACGCCGGUGUGUUUCUCUAUCAAGACCAAGGACGAUCCGCCGGUGCCCAUGAAGCCGGCGCUGCCACAAGAGCCGAGCAGCGAUGAAGAGGGCGCAGAGAAGAAUGGUGUGACGCCAGAAGCCACAACGACACCGACAGCAGCGGUGGAGGAGAAACCGGAGCCGGAGGAGGAGAGCAGAGAUCUGGGCAUCAAUGUGGAGGAGAUUCUGGAGAUGGAGGAGAAGAAGGAGGCCAAGAGGGCGGAAGAGAAGGUGCGUGACAAACUCGCGGCGGCGGCACGUGAGAAGCUGGGAUUGAUUUCCAAGGAGAAGCAACUUCAAUUGGAGCGGAAGAAGAAAGCAAUGGCUUUUCUCACACAGAUCAAAAGUUCAGGACUCGUGAAGGCGGCGGCGGCGGCAAAUGCCACAGUGGCGGCGUCAGGAAGUGUGGCGCCACAGCCGGUCGUUGGCAAUGGGCAGAACAAUUCGGAUUCUGAUGUGUCUGUGCACUCGCUGCCGUCGAUUGUGGUGCCGGAUGUGGUGGAGGAGAGUCGCAGUCGAUCGAGGAGUGGAAAACGACGCACAAGAUCAAGAUCAAGGAGCAGAUCGUCAUCGUCUGUGUCCAGAGCGAAGCGGAAGAAGAAGAAGGCCAAGCAUGAGCAUGCGAAGAAGAAGAAGAGGAAGUCGCGCAGUCCGGAGCGGAAGCACAAGAAGAAGUCCUCCAGGAGGCGCAGCGAGGAGCGCCACAGAUAAUUCCUCGUGCUCUUGAUAAUAAAAAAAAAAAGAAAAACAUGUACAUAAAA